CGGUUUGCAUCCGCAGAGACGCGGAAAAAGUGGAAGAAGAACCCACCAACUACCCCUUCAUCCCCGAGCUGGAGGAGGUGUUGGGCGUGACGUACCAGCGGAACGAGCACGGGCGGUGCUGGGUGGCUUACUACUUGGAGUCUGUGGGCAGCAGCAGCAGCAGCAGCAGCAGCAGCAGCAGCUGCAGCAGCAGCAGCAGCAGCAGCUGCAGGUACCGCGUGGGGAUUCGCCACUUUCCCGUGGGCGAAGACGGCUUCGAAGCAGCAAGACAAAAAGCAGUUUCUCUUGUCCGAUCUUCUCCUCUGCCUUUAUCUCUUUUUCAAGUUUUCGACAGAGACCUCGUGGACCGUUUUGCUGCUGCAGGAGCAGCAGCAGCAGCAGCAACAGCAGCACCGCCCCCAGCAGCAGCAGCAGCAGCAGCAGCAGCAGCAGCAGCGCCGGGGGACCAGGGCGAGCUCGCUGCGUCGCUCCUGGGGCCCCGCAGGGGGGGGGGCCCCCCGGGGGGGGCCCCCGGGGGGGCCCCCCUGGCCCCGGGGGGCCCCCCUGUGGGGCCCCACAGGGUACAGCAGGGGCCCCUGGGGGGGGCCCCCCUGAGGGUCGCCAACACUUUUGCUUCCAUGGCCCCUUCUGCUUCUCCUGCUGCUCAACUUGCUGCUAUGGAGCGGCGGCUGCAGCUGCUGCUGCAGGGAGUUGAUGCUGCUGUUGCUUGGGCUGUUGCUGCUGAGGAGUUGGGGAAGCACCAGAGCAAGAGCAGCGCUGCUGCUGCUGCUGCUGCUGCUGCUGCUGCUGCUGCAGCAGGCGGCGCCAAGGAAGCAGCAGCAGCAGCCAGCAAUGCAGCCACGCAGGAACGAGCCCAUGCUGCAGCUGCAGCAAAAGAUGAUGCCGCCUGCAGGGCCCUGAUGGAGCGGCGGCUGCGUGCUGCAGCAGGCGCAGCAGCUGCUGACGCUGCUGCUGCGGAUCCUUCGCCCCCCGCAGCAGCAGCAGCAGCAGCAGCAGCAGCAGCAGCAGCAGCAGCAGGAGGCGCGUCUGAGUGCGGGGGCCCCGGGUCCCCGUCUUCGCCGCGGAGCCCCGCAGCAGCAGCAGCAGCAGCAGCAGCAGCAGCGGCGGAGGAGGAGCGGGAGGAGGAGUGUGGGGAGGAGGAGGGAGACGAUCCCGGAGACGAUCCCGAUCCCGGAGACGAUCCCAGAGACAAAGAACUCCCCAAAAUCGGAGGAGUUUAUUACAAAAGAGAUGGCAAUUAUAAAGCCUGGGCAGCCAGCUGGCACAUCAAGGGCAAGCGAGUUCGCCGCUACUUCACCGUCAAAAAACACGGAUUCAGAAACGCUUAUCUGCAAGCAGUGAGGGCGAGGAAAGAGGCGGAGCAGCAAGACGGGAUUUGUGUGAAGCAGAGACACCAGCAGCAGCAGCAGCAGCAGCAGCAGCAGCAGGUUUUCUCGGAGAGCUUUAGCAAGACUUACUCCAAGGCACAGCAGCAGCAGCAGCAGGAGCUGCUGCUGCUGCUCCAGCCGCGACAACAGCCCCACCAGCAGCAGCAGCAGCAUCAGGGACCUUUGCUGACGCAGCUGCAGCAGCAGCAGCAGCAGCAGCAGCAGCAAGCAGCAGCAUCGCUUUCUACAGAUUGCAGUUUGGGAGACACCGCGCAUGCAGAUGCGCGUAGUGAUGAGGGAUAUACUUUUUCAGCAGCAGCAGCAGCAGCAGCAGCAGCAGCAGCAGCAGCGACGGGUUCUGCUGCUGCUGCUGCUGCUGCAGCCGCCGAGCCUGCUCGCAUUCUGGCCCCUCCCCUGUGUGCUUCCCGCGCAGCAGUUGCUGCUCCCGCAAGAGCGGACAGCAGCAGCAGCAACAGCAGCAGCAGCAGCAGCAGCAGCAGCAGCAGCAGCGAGGGCGUGAUAGACUGGCGAGUGGCCAGUCCGCUGCAGCGAGCGGCCUGGGCUCUGGGGUGGCAGGUGGAAGAUUUGCUGCUGCUGGUGCAGCAGCAGCAGCAGCAAGGAGGGCAGCUGCCGCAGCACGUAGAGCUGGCGCUCACAAGGGAGGCGCUGCAUGCGCUGCUGCUGGACCUGCAUGCACAUGUUGCUGCUUUGACGGGAAUGGAUUGCUGCUGCUGCUUCUCGCCGUCUGCUGCAGUGUCUGUACACCAGCAGAACGCGCUGCUGCAGCUCUUCGUGCUGCGGCGCGUGCUGCAGCAAGUCUCCCGCUGCUGCUGCUUGGAGCAGCUGGAGGGGCUGCCGCAGCUGUUUGCUGCUUCUUUUGCUGCUGGUUUGCUGCCGCGGCAGCUGCCGCUGCAGCAAGGAAAUGUAUUUGCCGCAGUUGCUGCUGCUGCAGCAGCAAGGUGGCAGGACCCUUGGCGCGAGCAGCAGCAGGCGGAAGAGCAGGAAACCGAGCUGCAAGACCAACAGCAGCAGCAGCAGCAGCAGCAGCAGCUGCUGCUGGAGUGCAGCGUGAAAGCUGAAAUAGAAACAGCUUUGAAAAGCAAACAAAGGGGCCCCACAGCUUCUCCCACUUCUGCGGAAAUUGUGGCUUAUGUGAUGGCGAAGGAGAGACAAGGAGCUGGAGGCCGCGCUGCAGCAGCAGCAGCAGCAGCAGCAGCAGCAGCAGCGGCGGCAGCGGCAGAAGCAGCAGCAGCAGACGCAGCAGCGGAGCCCCUCAUCGCAGCAGCACACCGUCACAGACACCAUCAGUGA